CUAGCCCUUCCUGCAUAGUAGGGGAAAGGCGGAUGGGAAGUACCAGGGUGCAUCUCAGAUGCCCUCCGAGUACAAGGAUUUAGCCAUUUUCCUCCGAAAGCCCUGUCUGUGGCUGCAGUGCGCGGUCAAGUCCUGCCUUCCUCGGUAGAGGGUCUGGCCUGGGCAGUCCCACCCCUAUCAGAUCCUGCAGCUCCCUUAGCCCAGCGUGCACAGUUCUCUUCGAAAUCUGUCUCCCCGGAGCCCCAACCCCAACUGUGCCUCCCCGAGGGCUGGACUCGGAAGGGCAACCGCUUCCCGGGUCGGUCUCCCGCCGCCGCCGUCCAGCCUGCGCCCGCUGCGUGGGAGCUGGGAAGAGAGACUCCGCAGACGGCGGGCUCCGCAUCCCUCUGCUCCGGCGGGCGCGUCUCCUCCAGCUGGUCGGGCCGCUAGGCUACCGACGUCGCCCAGCUCGCGGUGCCAGCUCCCUUGCUCCACGCCCGGCUCCCAGGCUCCGUGCCCUCGCAGAUGAAGGGACUGGGGGGGGGGGGCAGGGCGGAUGGGGACAUCUGGGAAGCGAGGAGAGUCCUCGUUCUCCGGGCGUCCCCCUAAACCGGGUCCAGGGUCCCCUUCCCCGCCCCCUGCGCAGGUGUGAGCGCGCGAGUGUACGCCUCGGCGGGCGUGAGUGUGAAGUGUGUGUGCGCGGGGGAGUGCGCGGAGGGAGCGCGGGCGGCGGGCGGCGCGGAAGGCGGGAGGCAGGGCGCGGGGAGGGGGCUGGGAGGGAGUGUGUGCGCGCGUGCAACUCCACUCCGGGGCUUUGUGCGAGCCCGGGCUAUAGCAUUGGCGGCGGCUGGAGGAGGAACGGCCGGAGAGGCGUGCAGCCCGCCCGCCAGCGCCCGGCAGCCAGGGCAGGUGGGAGCCCGCGCGGGAGCCGAGCCGAAGCGAGCCGGAGCGGAGUCCGAGCGGAGCCCGGGCGGAGCCCAAGAGCCUCGCUCGCGGGCGGCCCGUGGGCGGCAGCCGGGCGGGGCGGACGCCGGCGGGGCGGCCCCCCAGUAAGAUGUGCGCGGCGCCGCGGGGCGCCCCCCACUCGCAGCGGCGCUCCGGAGCCGGGCAGCUGGGCCAGGCGGCGCCUCGGGGGCUGCUGCGCGCCCGCGCCUAGAGCUGCCGCCCCAGGGAGCCCGCCACGGCCGCGCCCCGGGCAAGCUCGGCGGCGCCCAACGAUGACCGCUCCCUGGCGGCGCCUCCGGAGUCUGGUUUGGGAAUACUGGGCCGGGCUCCUCGUGUGCGCCUUCUGGAUCCCGGACUCGCGCGGGAUGCCCCACGUCAUCCGGAUCGGAGGAAUCUUCGAGUAUGCGGAUGGCCCCAAUGCCCAGGUCAUGAAUGCUGAGGAGCAUGCCUUUCGAUUUUCUGCCAACAUCAUCAACAGGAACAGGACUCUGCUGCCCAACACAACCUUGACCUAUGACAUCCAGAGGAUUCACUUCCAUGAUAGCUUUGAGGCCACCAAGAAGGCCUGUGACCAGCUGGCCCUGGGCGUGGUGGCGAUCUUCGGGCCAUCACAGGGCUCCUGCACCAACGCCGUCCAGUCCAUCUGCAAUGCUCUGGAAGUGCCCCACAUCCAGCUGCGCUGGAAACACCACCCUCUGGACAACAAGGACACCUUCUACGUGAACCUCUACCCCGACUACGCCUCCCUCAGCCACGCCAUCCUCGACCUGGUCCAGUACCUCAAGUGGCGAUCGGCCACCGUGGUCUAUGACGACAGUACAGGGCUCAUCCGCCUGCAGGAGCUCAUCAUGGCCCCGUCGAGGUACAAUAUCCGCCUGAAGAUCCGCCAGCUGCCCCUUGACUCGGACGACUCGCGCCCGCUACUCAAGGAAAUGAAGCGGGGCCGGGAAUUCCGCAUCAUCUUCGACUGCAGUCACACCAUGGCCGCCCAGAUCCUCAAGCAGGCCAUGGCCAUGGGCAUGAUGACCGAGUACUACCACUUCAUCUUCACCACUCUGGAUCUGUAUGCCUUAGACCUGGAGCCCUACCGCUACUCAGGGGUAAACCUGACGGGAUUCCGGAUCCUCAACGUGGACAACCCGCAUGUCUCAGCCAUCGUGGAGAAGUGGUCCAUGGAGCGGCUGCAGGCGGCUCCCCGGGCCGAGUCUGGCCUGCUGGACGGCGUGAUGAUGACUGAUGCGGCCUUACUGUACGACGCUGUCCACAUCGUGUCCGUGUGCUACCAGCGGGCCCCGCAGAUGACCGUGAACUCUCUGCAGUGCCAUCGGCACAAGGCCUGGCGCUUUGGCGGCCGCUUCAUGAACUUCAUCAAGGAGGCUCAGUGGGAAGGAUUAACAGGACGAAUUGUUUUCAACAAAACCAGUGGCUUACGGACAGAUUUUGAUCUGGACAUCAUCAGCCUGAAGGAGGACGGCCUGGAGAAGGUGGGUGUGUGGAGUCCUGCAGAGGGGCUCAACAUCACGGAGGUCGCCAAAGGCCGAGGCCCUAAUGUCACAGACUCUCUGACAAACAGAUCGCUCAUCGUCACCACUGUGCUGGAGGAGCCCUUCGUCAUGUUCCGGAAGUCUGACAGGACCCUGUUCGGGAAUGACCGCUUCGAGGGCUACUGUAUCGACCUGCUCAAGGAGCUGGCCCAUAUCCUAGGCUUCUCCUACGAGAUCCGGCUGGUGGAGGAUGGCAAGUACGGGGCGCAGGACGACAAGGGCCAGUGGAACGGCAUGAUCAAGGAGCUCAUCGACCACAAGGCAGAUCUGGCCGUGGCCCCCCUGACCAUUACCCACGUCCGCGAGAAAGCCAUCGACUUCUCCAAGCCCUUCAUGACCCUUGGUGUGAGCAUCUUGUAUCGAAAGCCCAAUGGCACCAACCCCAGUGUCUUCUCCUUCCUCAACCCCCUGUCCCCAGACAUCUGGAUGUACGUGCUCCUCGCCUAUCUGGGGGUCAGCUGUGUCCUCUUUGUCAUUGCCAGGUUCAGCCCUUACGAGUGGUACGAUGCUCAUCCCUGCAAUCCCGGCUCCGAGGUGGUAGAAAACAACUUCACUCUGCUGAACAGCUUCUGGUUCGGGAUGGGGUCCUUGAUGCAGCAAGGGUCGGAACUGAUGCCCAAAGCCCUAUCAACCCGCAUCAUCGGGGGCAUCUGGUGGUUCUUCACACUCAUCAUCAUCUCGUCCUACACGGCCAACCUGGCUGCGUUUCUGACCGUGGAGCGCAUGGAAUCGCCCAUCGACUCUGCUGAUGACCUGGCCAAGCAAACCAAAAUCGAGUAUGGGGCUGUGAAGGAUGGGGCCACCAUGACCUUCUUCAAGAAAUCCAAGAUCUCCACCUUUGAGAAGAUGUGGGCCUUCAUGAGUAGCAAGCCAUCGGCACUGGUGAAGAACAAUGAGGAGGGCAUCCAGAGGACCCUGACGGCCGACUACGCCCUGCUCAUGGAGUCCACAACAAUCGAGUAUGUCACCCAGAGGAACUGCAACCUUACCCAGAUCGGGGGCCUCAUCGACUCCAAGGGCUACGGCAUUGGCACGCCCAUGGGCUCCCCGUACCGGGACAAGAUCACCAUCGCCAUCCUGCAGCUGCAGGAGGAAGACAAGCUGCACAUCAUGAAGGAGAAGUGGUGGAGAGGCAGCGGGUGUCCGGAGGAGGAGAACAAAGAGGCCAGUGCCCUGGGUAUCCAGAAGAUUGGAGGCAUCUUCAUCGUCCUGGCCGCCGGGCUGGUCCUGUCCGUGCUGGUGGCUGUGGGCGAGUUUGUGUACAAGCUCCGCAAAACAGCAGAGCGAGAGCAGCGUUCCUUCUGCAGCACCGUAGCCGAUGAGAUCCGUUUCUCCCUUACCUGCCAGCGUCGGGUCAAGCACAAGCCACAGCCUCCCAUGAUGGUCAAGACUGACGCUGUCAUCAACAUGCACACAUUCAACGACCGCCGGCUUCCGGGCAAGGACAGCAUGGCUUGCAGCACAUCAUUGGCCCCCGUGUUCCCCUAGGCAUAGGUGGGGUGGGGACCAAAGCCUGGGGGCAGGGCAGAGGAAAGCAAGAAGACAGGAAGGCACCUCCCUGUGCCCACACUGGGCUUGGGGGCCAGAGCUGCUGCCUGCCUACUGGGACAGGAGCCCUCUGCCCUUACCUCCCAGGAAACCAGCAGGCCCCUAGGCCAGCUGCUUGGGUCUCACUUGCCUCUUGUUUCUUCUGUGGGUUUCUAAAGCUGCCAGUCGAGACAGCCAAGGCCAAAGGAAGCACAUGCCUCUCUCAGGCCAAACUCACCUGCCCCUCAACUCUCCUCAACAGUCAGAAGUUUCUACCAUGGCCUUCCAGAGGCCAAAGAAAAUGGGAAACAGCUAAUAUGUUGUCUCCCCCUCCCCCGCAAGCCCAAGCCUCCUGGACCAUGGCCGUGAGACCAGAGACACAAACCUUGGGCACCUUAAGGAUUGUAGUGUGGCUGCCAGUGGAAGCUGAAGAUGGGGCAUGGCCACCCCACUUGUCUUGGGCAGAAGAAAGACUUGGUCCCUUAGGGGCUUCUCACAUAGCCCUGGUCUCUUGGCACCAUGUGUGGCAGCCUCCAUCUUGGCUAAAUUGUAGGCAGAGAGCCCCAUAGAAGAAAAGAGGAGUCUGGGGUAUGAGAGAGAGGAGAAUGCCCAAAGGCCGCCAUUUUGAAUUCUUAUAGAUGAUGUCCCAGUGGCUCCCAUUUCUCAAGGAGGUCUUCAGGAGUAUAAGGUAGAGGAGUGGUCAGAGAAAAUUUUCUAUUUUCUGGACAGAGGCUAAAGACUGCUUGAAUCUGCCACAAAGGAUGACCAGAGAUUCGCCGAUAUUUGAAGCCAGAGGAACAGUGGAUUCCAUGGAAAUCCUGUAGGCCCUUGAGCCAUUGGGUCUUAUUUUGCCGGUUACUGAGCUGUUUUCUAAACCCUAGUGGCAUUUGAGAGCUUAGGUUCUUUGCCAUCUACUCAUCAACAACUCCCUAUUCCUGGCCAGUUGACCUUGACUCCCUUCUGUCACCUUGGAAGGAGAGGAAAAACCAAGAUUGAAAGUGAAAGUCGUCACCCCUCCUCAAAGAAGGAUCCAGGUCCUACUGCACAGGAUAAUUUGGGGGGGUAGAUGGGGAAGGCCAGAGGGGUCCUAAAGAACUCUUGGCCUCCUGGACUUACCAGACCUGAAGAUGUUCCCCAGAAAGGAAAAUUUUUAGGGACAGGAUAUCAGAGCUCAUAGAGGCCCCAAGGAUGGGGAAAGAAAAGCUGCCUCCUGGAGAAUUAACCAAAGACCCCACAUAGAGACACAGGCCAUCUAGGUCCUGAUCUCUUGUCCAGAGCAGCUUGGACCUAGUGGGGUUUGGGGGUACAGCAAAGAAAUAGUACCAGAUGAGGUACCAGUGAAGGCCAGACCAGAUAAAAAUAACCUGUGGGUUCUAGCUAGGUAGAAUGGAUGCUCUAGAAGUCUGACUAAGAUUCUGGAAAAAGAAUGAGACAUGGAAGGGUUAGGAGCAAAGUGUCCUUAAAGAGAAUAUGACAGGACCAGCAGGGCUUCCCAUAGCCAAGGGCAGAGGGCAGUCUCGGAGCAGAAGAGGGAAGGCUGAAGAUUCUGGAUGGGGACCCAGAAGACACUUGUAUCCCCCUUCCACCUCUCUCCUGUUUCUGCCUGGGGAGUCUGGUUAAGGAAGAGCUACAAUUAGAUCUCAAGGACCUUCUCAGCUGGGGUGAAGGAUAAUCUCUAGCUCCCCCACUCCAGGGGCUCCCAAAGCAGGAGAGCGCAGUAGGCUCAUGUGAUAAAUACCAUUCCUCCUCCAAACUGUGAGCUGCAGGACCAAACCAGCUGGUUCCCAUCCUCCCAGCAGCGCCAACAGGCUGUAUGCUGGGGAGGUGGGAAAAGAGAGCUGGACGCACAGCCUUGCCAACACACUUAAUGACAGGAGAAGCCAUGUUGUCGUGAGCUUGUGUGUGGGAGUGCGUGUGGAUGCACUUAUGUGUAUCUGUGUGUGUGUGAGCUCUGGGGGCUGGGGGUCAGGGACAGAUUUGGACAUGAAAGAGAGUCCAAGACAUGCAAUAAUAGAAGCCUUUGGAUUCUGAGGUGUGUGCACACACGUGUGUGAAUUGGGGAUGAGGGAGACAAAUCUGGAUAAGCAGCAGAGCCCCAUACACAGAAAAACAGGAGAAGCCAUGUCUUACUAGGGUCCUGGGGAGUAUACACAUGUAUACACCCAUGAAUGAGUGUGUAUGCUUAUGUGUGCAUGUGUGUGUGCGUGCAUGCAGGGGUGCACAUUUAUGCACCAAUGGCAGAGGGCGGAGGACAAGAGAAAACCCACAGUGUUGCCAAAUGUUUAAAAGAAGAAGCCAUGUCAUCAAGGAGUCCACGUGUGAACAUGUGUCUGCAUGUGGGGGUGUGCGUCUGCAGCGGAGAGCAAGACGGAGGACAGAACCAGAGAGCUGUGUAGUACAGGUCAGUGCACAUGUGCAAGGAGCCAUGUGGCACUGGAGUUUUUGGGGGGGAGAGCAUGCUUACACAUGGGUGUGCAAACUCACCCCUGUGUUCCGGCUCACAGCAGGAGCAGAGAUGGACAAUCAGGACAGCAGGGAAUCAGGGUCUGUUUGCGUAUCUGUUGUAGGGAGAGAUCAUUUGUCACAAGGCUUUGCCGAGACAGGGUGCUUUUGUGUAUGACACUCCAUGAGCUAGUCGUGUUCAUCUGAGGUUGUACAUGCACAGAGGCUAAUGGGGAAGAAGGAAGUGGCAUGGUUUGGGGAAGAUGUUGCAUCAGUGGAAUGAAGAUUAGUGGCAAUUGGAGGCACUAUUCAAAUAGGGUAAUCCCCCAACAGGUACUAAAAUGAUUUUUAGACUUCCAAAUGAAAGUGGGGUGGCAUGCUACCUGACCCCCCCCCAUCCACUCAAGCCUUAUGUCCAUGUGUGUGGUUCAUGUUCAAACUCUGUUUGGUGUCCUUGGUUUGCUUUCGAGACCAGCCCAGUGUUCCAAGUACAGUGGAGAUCGCUUCUGACCAAACAGGAGCUGUCUCUCUCCCUAGCAGGGGGGAAGGUGUUUGCAUCCUGGCAGAUCAAGAGGAAUUAAAGGCAAAAUCAACCGUGCCAGCAGGUGCACACCUGAGCUGCAGGGGGUGUGCAGGGGCACGCCCACCACAGUGGCACCGAGGUUGGUUGUGGAACCAUCAGAGUUGGUUUCGAUGGAACAGAAGAUGGGACUCGCCCGAGCAGGUGCUGGAUUGUCCUUGUCUGACUCCACAUGCCUUCUCUUAACAGACGAUCGCCCCCACCUCUCACCCCCAUCUCCCACCUGAAAUGCCAGUGCCUCCUCUCAGCCAGCUCAGACUGGCCAAGUUGAGGGGCAACAGUGAGGAGACCCCCCACACACACACACACACCCCGCCAGUCACCAAGGCCCUGGGGCUUUCGAACAAUGAACCUUCCUCCUCCCCCUCUCCCCUUGACCUGUUACUCUAAGGACAGAUAAGAAAACCCUGACUGCUUGGUCACCAUUCAGGUGGCCCCGCUCUGCGAGUGUCUCUCAAGAGGAAUCAGGCUCUCAUGGGUGGUGAGCUGACUCCGAAUCUUGGAGGGGUUGGAGGGUCGCCCCCCACCUCCCAGCCAAGACCGUCUCAACUAGAAGAGCACACACUGGCCCCUCCCCAACACACUUGCAGACAGAAGUGCUGGCCGAGGAUGGGGAAGGGUCUGUCAGGGUUGGAAGAAGGUUCCCCACAGGGAGAAGCCCCUGCGCUCCUUACCCUGGAGGGGAGCAUGAGUCUGAACUGGGCACGAGCUCACUGAGCACAGAGGCUCCCUCCCAGCCUUCUUUUCCAGGGGUACGUUGUGGAUGGGUACAAGCUGCUGCUUCGUCACUCGGCAUGAAGCAGGGCCCUUCCCAAGCCAUUCUCAGCUGUCUGCACAAACAUCUGGAAAUUGGCCAAACUCUAGCCCAUGUCUGGACCGGUCCUGUGUGGAUGGCCAUCUGGAAGGGCCUCGUGGUCUGGACAAACAGCAGGAUGGACUUAAACGUCCAGAAUGGGCCCAGCCCCGUGGCCAGAUGCACGGAAUGAGCCCAAUUCUGUUGGCAGGACUUGAACGGACACAUCUGGAAGAGUCUCCCAGAUGGGAUGGACACAGCUGGAACGGGCCCAGCUGCUUGCCACGGCAGGAGAGCCCAGCCCCGUGUCCCCGUGCCAGUCUGGAUCAAGCUCUCAUUUUUCAGUCCUGGAUUUGCCCUGGAGUUAAAAUUUCAGAGCUCAGGCCAUCUGUGAAGUCACCAAACUGUUUUUGGUAGAAGGUUAAUGUUCUGUACAAUAUAUAUAUGAAUGUAAAAAGAUAUAUAUAUAUAUAUAUGCUGUAUAUAUAUAUAUGCACAGUGUAUAUAUGACCUGUAGUCCCAUGUGUAUACGCACCCCCCCCCCCCGCACGUCUGCACACAGAGUGUACAUAACCCAGCCAGUGUGGGUGGGGACCAGGUGAGGGAUCGGGCGACAGCAGCCAAGUCUGGAGUGGAGGCCAUCUGGGGCAGGGGCCCUGUGGGGAUGGGGCACACAUCAGAGCUCUGGACUGAACCAUGGGGGCUGAUGGACAGGCCUUGCCCAGCUGGUGCCUCCUGGCGAAGGAUAGGAGAGAUCCAGGGGCUGUAUCUCUAUCCUAGAGCAUCUGAGGCAGGACGGCAAGCAGGGACUGUGUCUAAGGAGUUAUGUCAUGCUGGCACUGGGCUCCAAGACCUGUACUUGUCACAGUGGCCAGGUAGGUGUCAGGCUUCCCUUGGAAUAUCGUAAAAGUUUGGAACAUUCUAGGUGUCAGAGACCUCAGAUUCUCAUCCACACACAAAGGCACAGUUCACAUCUAGGGAAAAUGCUUUUUUUAAAAGGGAACGGCCCCAAAGGCAUUGUCCGCAUGCCAGUGCAAUGUCCCUGUGCCCUACUUAUGGUCCUGUCGCCUGCCUUCUAGAAGACAUCCAGUCACCCUGCAGUGUGUCUCUAUUUUCUCUGGGGCCUCCAGCUACAGGGCAGCGGCUGCACUAAUGCCAGCAGGCUCGUCCCACUGCAGACGACCUCCCCAGGCCCAUCUGACCCAGAGGCCAGCUGUUAGCGAGUGACGGAGGAGCCAGAAAUGUGAAGGGCUCAGUUACACCAGGGGGAAAGAGGAGAAGCCAGCAAGGCCCCUCCCGCCCUAGCACAGCCCAAGCCAUCUGUCUGCCUUUCCUCCCCGUUCCAUCUCCCCCAGCAGGGACAGUGGGCAGGGAGCACCCCCACCUUCCCUGCUGACCCUGGGGCCCUGCUCUGCCCCUCUCCUCCUGUCUUCACUACCCCAGUCCUUUAGCUAGCAGUCUGGCCCCUGUCAUCGGUCAGAGCACCUCUGGAGUCUUGCAGGGGAGAGGACACCUGGAGUGAGCUUCCUUCCAUGUGGUCGACAGCCUGCCUUCUGCUUGGGCCCCACGCGUCAGGCUGGUAUGCACUUGAUCUGCCUCUGGGCACCCCCUACCCCCGCCGCCAGAGCACAUCUGAAUCCAGCCUCCUGAGGAGGGGCCUAUCCUGGCUCCUGGGGCCCUCACACCACUGUGCUCCAACCUCCCACCCCAUCUCUGCCUGGGCCUCCCUUGUCAGGGACUUGGGUUCCCAGCCCCAGGGCUGAGCCCCCAGACAGCGCCAUGUGAGACCCCUGGCCUGUCCCACCACCCAGACCAGAGUGCCUGGAUGUCCCCCACUCCCCCUCGACAUGGUUCCCACACACUGGUCUCUGGGCCAUUCAGGGGAUGCCCUUUGUGGACAUGCAGAAUUUCUAUGAAUAUAGUUUUUUGUAAACAUUUUGUAACAAUUUGGGUUUCAUAGUAACUGUGUUACUUGCCAAUCAUUCUAGGCUGAUGUAAAUAACUUUCCAAACAAAUCUGAUUAUUUUCCUUUUUAAGACACUGUGAUAUAUCAAAGUGCACAGUUUGCUGUAUGAAGUAAUAUGGUUUUAAAUUUUAAAUAAAGAAACGUUUCUAGAAAACA